AUGGGCCCCAUCAGGCGGUCAUGUCGUCUUAGAGGACAGAAACCUUCAGAAAAUAGCUUACCCCUAACAGAGGAAGAGGUAGAAAGCCCAGUGAAAAGAGUGCCACAAUUUCGUCCUAAUGUAUUUGGAGAGAUAAAUGGUGUUGAGGUUGGAACGUGGUGGGCAACACGUGUAGAGUGCAGUCAUGCUGGUAUCCAUCGACCAACUGUGGCUGGUAUCCAUGGCAGUGAAAUUGAAGGUGCUUAUUCAAUCGCUUUGUCUGGUGGGUAUGAAGAUGACCUGGAUGUUGGUGAAUGUUUUACUUAUACUGGAGAAGGUGGUAGAGAUUUGAAAGGUACAAAAAGUAAUCCAAAGAAUCUGCGCACAGCUUCUCAAUCAAAGGACCAAACAUUAACCAGAGGUAACUUGGCUUUGAGUCGCAACUGUGAAUUAGGUCAUCCUGUCAGAGUAAUUCGUGGCUACAAACUCAAAAGUGAAUUUGCACCUGAAGAAGGAUAUAGAUAUGAUGGAUUAUAUACGGUUGAGAAAUAUUGGAACACCGUUGGCCUUUCAGGUUUUGGUGUGUGGAAAUUUGCUCUUCGACGAUGCUCAGACCAGGCCCCACCACCAUGGACAAUGGAUGCCCAAGUGUCAUCUAGUGAAAAAACAGAUGAAUCUGAUUCUGACUCUGGUGUCGACUCAUUGGAUUCUGACACAGCAAGCCAACACUCUCACAGCAGCAGCAGCACCAGCACCAAAGGGACUGGAUCAGAAAAUGACCAAAAGGAAGAAUUCUCUGAUUCAUCUUCAGGAGAAAAUUGCAACAACUCUUGUGGCACAACGCUCAGCAGUGAAGCAGAAAUAAAGAAACAGGAGGAGCUAACAGAACUUGAACCUUUCCAAGAAGUGGAGAUAGAAUCUACCGAAAAGGCAAAUGAAAAAUAA